CCCAGUAGUCCAGGAUUCAUUGCACCUUGCAGAGAAGUAGAAGAAACGUCUGAUUUACAAAAUCUCCUCUUUCACUACAAAUACCCCAAACGCAUCUCUUUCCUCGAGCUGUCGGUGAUAUUUGUUUCUCUUCGCCGGAUCCAUUAUUAGUCUUCUGCGUCUUCCACAGAGAAAGGAUGCAAUUUGCUAAAGAACACAUCGGAAUGAUUCUUUGAAGAACAAUCUAAAUGUCCCGUGGAAGAGUUCCUUUCACGGAUCUGAAACGAGUUUACGAUGUUGAGCAAGCGUGCUCUAUGCCAAACACAUUCCAAGACGACGAUGAUGAUCUAUGGCCGCUUGGUGAGAUUGAUCCCAAAAAGUUGAAAUUCCCUUGCUGUAUAGUCUGGACUCCUCUCCCCGUCGUCUCUUGGUUGGCUCCUUUCAUUGGCCAUGUUGGUCUUUGCAGAGAAGAUGGAGUCAUCCUCGACUUUGCUGGUUCUAACUUCAUCAGCGUUGAUGAUUUCGCUUUUGGUCCUCCUGCUCGCUAUCUCCAACUCGAUAGAAAACAGUGUUGCAUGCCACCGAACUUGGGUGGGCACACUUGCAAGUACGGGUACAAACACACAGAGUUUGGAACGGCGGUUACAUGGGACGAUGCGCUGAGCGCGAGCGCGCGUAGCUGCGAGCAUAGGACUUACAACCUCUUCACAUGUAACUGCCAUUCGUUUGUUGCGAACUGUCUGAACCGUCUUUGCUAUGGCGGUUCGAUGGAGUGGAAAAUGGUGAAUGUCGCUGUUCUGAUUCUGAUGAAAGGGAAAUGGGUCAGCGCGUCCUCUGUAGUCCGGUCGUUUCUGCCGUGUGCUGUGGUUACGUGUCUUGGUGUUUUCCUUGUGGGGUGGCCCUUCUUGAUCGGCCUCUUCUCCUUCUCGCUAUUACUCGUCGCCUGGUUCAUAAUUGCUACUUACUGUUUCAAGAACAUAAUGUGUUGAAAACAAACUAUAUAUUAUACCAUCUUUGGGUUGUUCUCUUUUUCUUUUGACA